AUGGCCAAAUCAAACCAGUCGGAUCCUAGAAAUCUCAUAUCCGAGCAAGAAAGUAUUAAUUUAAAUAAAUUCAAAUACCUGCACAAAAAUGUUUUGAAUAAGGAAUCAUCGAGGAUAGCAUCCUCAAUACAAGUGGUAGACGCUCUUAAGCAAUUAGCAGAGUAUUUGAUAUGGGAAGAUAGGACCGAUCAAGAUUAUAUCUUUGAAUACUUCUGUGAAGAAAACAUCAUGGAUUACCUAACGGGAGUUCUAUGCCGCUCUACGUCGAGAACAGUAAGAAUACAACUAAUACAAACAAUCUCAAUGUUGAUACACAAUAUCGGUAAAAAAAAAACUUUGUACUAUAUGCUAAGCAAUAAUUAUUUGAACGAGCUGAUAUCAGUGCCUGAAAUUUAUAGCGGAGGGGACAUCAGCAGCUGGACAGUAUCUUUAUUAAAAACAAUAUCAUCAAUACUGGAUAAAUCGACAAUCAAAUUCUUUUUCCUACAAAAAAAUGAAACCUUUCCAUUGUUGGACAAGAGCCUGCUAUUCCUGAGCAGCCAUGAUAGCAUGAAGAGAGCACACUUUAUGACAAUUAUACUGAAUAUAUUCAAAGUGAACGACAAAGAUGUGAACGAGUACAUUGUAAACAAGUCGGAAAUAUUGUUAAGAUUAGUGUUGUAUUUAAAAUACUGCUGGUUUCGGUUGAACAGAUAUCACAACAAAUACAAAUCAUUCAGCCCGAAUAUUUUAAGUGAAUCAAACGACGUUUUGUGCUUCAUAGAAGAGCUGAUGGAUUUGGAAAUUGAAAUAAUUAACCAAAAAAUCGUUUAUCUCAUGUUUGUAAUUUGCUUCAUACCACUGAUUAAAAGACUAGCCAAAGUUGAUGUGAACACUGAAAAACUUCUUGUGGAUAUCGGCUCACCGCCAAACUACAGCGAUUUGUACAAUAAACUAUCAAACGCCAUCGGGUUAUCAUUUUUUUAUAUUAAUAAUAAAACGCUACUCUUUAAUACGAAUAGCGCUGAUACUACUCCAAAUGUAAACCCACAAAACCAAUGUUCCCCCUCGACCACAAGUUCUAAACCACCUCUUAACAAACUUAAUCGCAAUGAGUCGGACGUAGUUGAAGAAAACAAAACUGAAAAGAACGAAAAAACGGGUUGGCUCCGGGACUACGAACUCAAUAGUUUCGAUAUUCCCAAUGACUCUGAUCUUGAUAAAGAAGAUGUGGUGAUAAACGACGUUAUAUAUAACAUAUUGGUGAAUGUAAUAAUAAACAGUAAAAGAAAGGAGUUUGUUAACCCCUUGACCACACUGUUGUUUUCACCAUUUAUACCACUAGAUUUGUUAUAUACCAUCACAGGCAAAUCUUCUGAUGAAACAAGUCGACCUGAGCCAAAUGACGCUGAUUCGCCGCAAGUUUCGUCCAUAAUAACAACUCCAAGAAACUACAACCCAGAAGAGGAAACAUUUGAAUACAAAAGCUAUAAAAUAGGAGAAGACAGCAUAAAAAUCUUCAAUUUGUUGCUAUCGUUCAAUGACUUUAUGCAUAAGGAUAGCAAAACAAAAUGUGAAUUACAUGGUGGAGGUAAUAUUGAUAGCCAUAAUUACGAAAAGGGGGAAUUAGAGGAAGAUGAACCCUCAAUGAGUUUAGGUGAUGGAUUUGUCAAAGGUUGUUCAGUUGAGAAUAGCUAUAAAACAGUUCUGAAUGUAAUAAUGGGCCUAUUCAUAUACGACGGAUUAAAGUCAUUAAAGUACAAUAACGACAAUAACAAGAUGUUGAAUUUGCUAAAGCUGUUAAUUCACUUGCAAAAUAAGGUGCUUAGUACCGGAAAAAGUAAAAAUAAGGAACAAUGUAACUUGAAGUUAUUAAAGAGCAUCUUUGACAAUAACGAAAUUUACCUGCAAUUGUUCAACGUGAUCAGUAUCAACAUGACCAAUUUUAAUUUUAAUACCUUGGUCUUGAAACUUUAUAACUUUUUUCUGCAAAAUUACAUUAAUUUCAAUACGAAAAACGAGGAUGACUUGAAAUCGCUAAAUAAUAAGACUAAAAUUAAUCCAGAAUUGGAAAAUAGUGUAGAAGAUAAAGGUCAACAAAUUGAUAAGGAUGUUGGCCAAGGAGUUGGAUUUGAAACUGUUAAGCCUGAUUCGCAUGUAGUUGCUAACAGUAAAAUAAUAAAAAUGGACGUUUUGAUAGACGAAAUAAAGUUCCACCUGGACAUAGUGUAUAACAUAAUCAGAAUUUAUAUACUCAAUUCGGUCGAGUCAACGACUACACUGUUGUAUUUAUCGGUUUUUUACGUCGAGUGGAUCAAGUACAUCAAGCUGUACUACAACACACUGCAUUUUACAGCUAGCGAUAUUAUGUUCAUUGAUGUAAAUGAAACCAAGGAGCAGGAAGUUACUAACACUAACCACGAUGCCGUUUUCAACUAUUCACCAAUUGACAUAUUUAAGAGAUACAUCAUGAUGAUACUGAUACUGAAGGAAUUGUACAAUAUCAUAAGCGUUAACAUAAACAGCUAUAAAAAGAAUGACAGAAAGCAGAUUAAGGACAUCAAUGAAACCAACGACUACAUAUACGAAUCAUGUCCAUUAUUUUACAACCAGCUGGACAAAUUAUACAUAAAAAACACUAAAAUUAAAUUAGGUAACGUUAUAAAUACAGUCGACUGCGACGUAAAGUUUUUCAAGUGCCUUAUCAAAAAUAAGAACGAACAGAGAAAUAGAAUAAUACUGUUGCACGACGUCUUCUUCAUACUGGCCAAAGUUAAAAGAAGUCACACUCGACAUAAUAGUGGCCUGAGAAAGAUGAGUAACAGCUUGGAUGAGUCAGACAAGGAAGGCGUUAACCUGGAAAUAACAUGUGUACAUUUGUUGUGGAAUUGUAUUAUAAAGAAAGUCGACAAACAAAACAACAAAUUCAAUAUCUUAAUCUCAUGGCACCCCAAAUUUAAGACUCUAUCUCCAUCAAACAGAUGGAACGAGAACAUAAAUGUGAUGACCAGCGAAUUUGACGUAAUAUUCAAUGAUGUAAACGAUCUAAAUGCAGUUUUAAAGUUACAUAAUAGUAACAAGAAGAACCUAUCGAACAACUCACUUCUGUCUUUACAAGAUUACUUAUACAACUAA